AUGGCCAGCUAUAUUUCACCCGGGGCAACUGCCUCUGCUGCAUCCCCUGCGCCUGCCACACCUCAGCUGGAGUCGCAAGAUAUGCGCAUCCCCAAGAGUGUGUCGGACCAUGCUAUGCUCGAGGACCGCUAUUAUGGUCAUCGCCAGAUCUCUGAAGCCAUUGAGCGGAUGAUCAUGGCGCUCUUUUCUUGUACGCAAGAUUCUAUGGCAGCUGCUGUUGAAAGCCCCUCGUCCCAGACGAGGCAUGCGCCGCGCCUGUCAUACUUUGUCGCGUAUGCCUUGUAUCGAACUCGUUUGCCUAUGGCGGUAGUGUACUUUGCACUACUCCUUCUCAAGCGGCUCAAGACGCAAUAUCCCGUGGCCCGUGGGUCCUCAGGCCACCGGCUGUUUAUUUCGUCGUUUAUGCUGGCGUGUAAAAUGCUGUGUGAUGAUGCCUACAAUAACAAAUCAUGGGUGAUUGUCAGUCAGAGCUUAUUCUCGCUGCACGAAGUGAAUCAAAUGGAGCGCGAGCUGUUUAUGUACUUGGACUUGGACUUGCGUGUGUCGUCCGAGGAGCUGAGUGCCUUUGCGUUGGAGCUAGAACGGUACGGUGCUCCGAGUGUGACGCUUGAUGACUUGAAGCGAACGCGUCUUUCCGUGCCCGUGGCUAGCACGAGCAGCACGCCCACUCGCUCACCUGCGGGCAAGUCGUCAAGCUCGCCGGCUGCGCGUCGCAGGACACACAGGCGGUGUCUUAGUCUGCGCCCUGAUUACUGGACCUAUUCUAGCAGCGGUAUGCCCAUGUCGCGGCACCACCGCUCUGAGAGCCAUGAGUGGAGCGCUAGCAGCAUGCAGCGCUGGUCGCGCUCGCUAGCUCGGUCGUCUAUGCCGUCGCAGCGAUCGGCGCCGGCUGUGCAGAACGUGACGCCGGCUCCGAGCAUGGCGGCUAUCGCGACGCAGCCGGCGUACUAUCCAGCGGCAGCCAUGGCUGGCAUGUAUGGCCCGUCUCCUGCUGUGUCAUGGUCGUCGUUUUAUUCGACGACGAAUGCGUCGAACUUGUCGAUCACCACCCCUCACUCGCUUGGCUCCAGUCUACGGCCCACACCCUCGACGUCCAUGUCGGAGCUCUCUCUGCACAGCCCCAUAUCGGGCGGCCCCAUGUACAGUACCAUGCCCAUGACCAUGCCCAGCUAUCAUGACUGGGACCAUCCUGCGAAGGUACCGGCGUAUGAGGUGAAUGAGUCGUUCCGUAUGGCGCGAGAUGUCUUGUAA